GAACGUGCCGUCCUUCCGUCACUUGUUGACGUCGCGUUGAUUUUGAUCGGAGAGUUUAUUUAUUUAUUAACUGACGAUGGCACCCCGUGUACAACUGGAAAAAGCAGCUUGGAGUUGGGUGGACACGGUAAAACCAGAGGAAAUCAGGCAGGAGCACAUAGAGUUAGCAUACCGCAUCAACCUCCCGGCCUGCAAGAGAGGAGCCUGCAGGAGGAACUGCAAAGGGAAUCCCAACUGCCUUGUGGGUAUUGGUGAACAGGCAUGGCUUGGACAGAUUGAUGAGAACACUUUCCAUAACAUUGAUGACCCAAAUUCAGAACGCAGAGACAAGAACACAUUUGUUGGCCUGACCAACCUUGGUGCAACAUGUUAUGUCAACACAUUCCUGCAAGUAUGGUUCCAUAACCUGGAGCUUCGAAGGAGCCUCUAUCUGUGCCACAAUUCCCGAGCACAGGAACACAGCACUGAAUCAGAUUACGAGCCCCAGUCCAUUUGUGAGCAUUUGCAGUACCUCUUUGCACUCAUGCAGAACAGCAACAGAAAGUACAUCGACCCUUCAGGACUAGUCAAAGCACUGGGCCUGGAUACUGGACAGCAACAGGAUGCCCAGGAGUUUUCAAAGCUUUUCUUGUCUCUGUUGGAGGACACGUUAUCCAAGCAGAAGAACCCCAACCUGCAAAAUGUCAUCCAGCAACAGUUCUGUGGGCAGUUCUCCUAUGUUACAGUGAAGAGAAUCUGGAUGGAGAUAACCGUUACUACUGUGAGAGCUGUAAGAGUAAACAGAAUGCCACACGGAGGAUCAGACUUCACAGCCUACCUCCAACCCUCAACCUGCAACUCAUGCGAUUUGUCUUUGAUAGGCAAACAGGCCAUAAGAAGAAGCUCAACACUUUCAUCAGUUUUCCAGAACAGCUGGAUAUGGGGCCAUUUUUGGACGGCAGACAAGACCAGAAGUGUGUCUAUGAGUUGAGUGCAGUGCUGAUCCAUCGAGGCAUCAGUGCCUAUUCGGGUCACUACAUCGCUCAUGUGAAGGAUGCUCUUACUGGUGACUGGUACAAAUUCAAUGAUGAAGAAAUAGAGAAAAUGGAAGGAAAGAAGCUGCAGCUUGGUAUUGAAGAAGACAUUGCUGAGACGGUGAAAUCCCAGUCACGAAAGCCUAAGUGCAGUAAAGGUUAUCACUGUUCCAGAAAUGCAUACAUGCUGGUGUAUAAGAUCCAAGAAGAUGAGAACUCUUCUAACUCCAUUACCAAAGUUGAGGUGCCAGCCUUUCUUCAAAGGUUAGUUGACCAGGACAACCGUAAAUUUGAAGAGUGGUGCACAGAGAUGGCAGACAUGAGAAAACAGAGUGUGGAUAAAGGCAAAGCCAAGCACGAAGAGGUGAAAGAGCUCUACAAGCUUUUACCUGCAGAAGAUGGAGAACAGUAUGAGUUUAUCCCCAGUGACUGGCUGAAGAAGUGGCUUGAUGAUUCCACUGCCACAAAGGAAAUUGAAAACUCCCUUUUCCUUUGUUCUCAUGGAAAACUGCACCCAGACAAGAUGGGAGAGGUCAAGAGGGUGUCCCUGCGAGCUGCAGACCUGCUAUAUGAACGCUACGGUGGAGGACCAAGAUUAGAUGGCUCUUCUCUCUGUAUUGAAUGUGUUGGCCAGCGAUGCAGAGUGCUGCGACUGAAAAACCAGCUCAACGAAGAUUUCAAGGAAGUUUCAAAUCUAAUCAAACGUUCUGUCAGUGGUGAGGGCUUCUGGGUGAGCAAAGCGUCUUUGCGUAGCUGGAGGCAGUUGGCUUUGGACCAGUUGGAGGAGGAUGAGAUUGAGACCCAACACAACAACAGCAAGACUAAUGGGCAGGGACCACACACUAAUUGCAAGGAGUUUGAUUCAAAUCUCCCAGAGGACGAUAUGAAGACGUUCAAUGAAGACCUCGUCUGUAGUCAUGGAGCCCUGUGUAUUCUGGAGACAGAGCGAAAGCUGGUAUCUACUGAAGUGUGGAGCAAAUUGAGAAAUUACUUCCCAAAAGCCCCAGAGUUCAACCAAAAUCAAGAUCCCUGUCAGCAGUGUCUGACAUUAGAGCAGGAGGAAAAGGACAACGAGGCAGUCAGUAAGAUGAUGGCUCUCGAUCAGAAGAACCAGCUUCUCAAUCUCUUCCAUGAGAAGAACCGACCAACACUCACAAAAUGGCCCCAGGGUACAGAUGUACUUUACAUAGUUCCUCUGUUCUUUGUGGAAGAAUGGAAAAAAUUCAUCAGGAGGCCCACAAAAUCUUCUCCAGUUUCUAAUGUGGGCAAUACUCUGCUGCUCUGUCCUCACGGGGGCUUCAUGUUUACAUACGACUCUCUGGUUACUGGAGAAGCACAACAUGUAGCUCUUCUUUGGCCAAAUGAAUGGGAAGUGAUCAGCAGACUCUUCAUUGUUGAUCAGCCAAUAUCCAUCCACUGUUUAACACAGACCACACCAAACGGAUGUACCACCCAGUACACCACUCAGCCAGAUCUGUGUUGGGAGUGCAGAGAGAGCUUCCUGUUCCAGCAACAGAGGGAUCUCAGAGAGUACACCCAAGCAACCAUUUACAUCCGCAAAGUCAUUGAUGACAAGAGGGACCCUGCUCCAGAGGUGAUCGCCAGCAGCUCUGAGGCUGAGGAGGAGAGGGAAGAGCAUCCUAAGGUUGAUGGAGAGAAAGACCCAGACUUCAGUCAGUCACAGGAUGGUGCUAAGCGGCUAAAGUUAUGUGACAACAGUGCUCUGCCUGUGACCACCGUGACCAAAGCAGGUGGAAUCAGGAGAAGUACUCGGCACAGGAAACUCAGAGGGGAGAAAGCACUCAUUGUUUCAGCAAAUCAGACACUAAAAGAGCUGAAGAUUCAAAUCAUGCACGCAUUCUCUGUGGCUCCGUUUGACCAGAAUCUCUCCAUUGAAGGAAAAAGUCUGACUGAUGACUCAGCCACACUAGGCAAUCUGGGUGUCAUCCCAGAGAGCAUCAUCUGUUUAAAAGCUGAUGAGCCAAUAGCAGAUUAUGCUGCGAUGGAUGAUGCUUAUCAGGUGAGGGUGCCUGAAGAGGGUUUUAAAGGCACGGGGCUUCUUGGACACUGAAGACAGAUUUSUGGUGUUAAGUUAAAUAGAUGGCGUUUUUUGUUUGUUUUAAAAGAAAGGCUUGAAUAUGUCAAGUGUUUAUAUAUAAAUAAGUGCUUUAUUUUUUUUAUGUUAGGUUUUCUUUGAUAAAACUGAUUAUAUUGGAAAUCAUCUGUUUAUUACAUAAAGGUAGCUGGUCUUUUGAUAUUUAAAGUCCUGAAAUGGUCUGAAGGACACUAUAUUAACAACUCAGGCUAAGUAAAAAUAAAUCAACAGGAAAUCUACCUGUUGUGCUUUGAAGUGUGACUCUAGAGUAAAAUCAACUCCUGUUACUUUGAAAUUAUGGCAAAAUAAAAUCCAAAAUGUGGAAGCUUUUUGUUCUUACUGCACAAUAUACAGGUUUAUUAAAAGAAAGCAUAUGUAACAUAAUUAUUACUGUGCUUAAAUGUUAGAACAUGUAAUAUCCCUACAUCAGUUCAAGUAUUUAUAUAUUCUGUGUGGCACUGGUGAUAUGUGAGUGCAAUGAACAGAUGUUUCUAGGAUUCAGUCCAGACUUUGUGCAUUUGGAAAGAGAAACAGGGCAAGCUGUGCUUCUUGUUUUCACGGUUCUUUCUUAUGGACAAUAAAAAUGUUUUUAAGACA